AUGGAAUUACACGGAAAUAUCGGUGUUGUAUUAAAAAAGAAAGAGGAGAAGAGAAGGGAGUUUACUCUGCCUGACUGGUGCCCCAUUUUAUUCUCAACUUUUCCCACUCUUUCUUUAUCUGUUUUUUUUUUUUUAUUGUUGUUUUUGUUGUUGUUUUCUCUUUGCCACUUAUCUUGCCGCUGUUCUUUAUUUUUUAUGCAACAUGAUUACAGAGACAUCAUAUUCACACUACGCCCAAUACACAUAUCCGUUUGGUGGAUGAUGGAUCCGGCCCACGCAAUGAUGGAUGCGCAGAGUUUGGGUCUGAGGCUCGAUGAGGUGCUUCAUAAAUUUGCUACGCGCGAGGAAGACAAUAGUGACAACGUCAGACUUCUUGCAGAUAUCGCAGGUCUCACGGAAGUUAUAGAUAAAAUGAUACCGCCGUCUUUGUCAGCAGUAUCAGAAGCAGCGGAAAAUGAGGCAAUGGUCAGUCUCCCAGUAAAAACACUUGAAGAGUUGCGUUUUCUUGGAUGUGCAUGUUGGAACAUGACGGUGCGACACGUUUCCAGGGAAGAUUCCCGGGAAGAGCAGACAUUAAAAGCCUCGUUGCGUGAGUUUGCCACUAAGGUGUUUCUUCUCGGCAACUAUGCCUACGCAUCAAGCGAUGUUUCUCACAGCUACUUCACACAGCACCCACGUGAGGCGGAACAAUGUGUGCUAAUGUGCCUCAAGACUUCGCGAGACUUGUCGCUUUGCGGUGUGGCAGGUAGUGCAAAAAGACUUUUGUCCUUGGGCGAAAGCGUUGCAUCGUACAUACAAACCGGCGUUCAAAAUAGUCUUGCUUACAUAAAAUAUCGUAACAUGCGUUGGGAGUUUGCGUACACAGCCAUGGAUAUUAAUUGGAAUGUGGGCCAUUACAAGGAAUCCUGUGAGGCGGCAAAGAAACUUACACAGAUGUUAUUGCAAGAUCGUGAUUUACGAAGAGAUCAUAGAGAGGCUUUUUUUCGUUUUGUUUUUACCAUUGGCAACGGUGGUGUUUUGACAAGUGAUGAACAAUAUAUUCGUGACAUGCUUUAUAGCUCGAUGGAGAUGCAGAAUCACUUCCAGGGAGCGGGGACAAAUGAUCCAUCGCAUCAUGUGAUGAUACUCCGUGGUGCCACGAUGGAACAAAUGGCUCUUUCAUGGCUCCGCGAAGAGGAAGCGACAGAGGCCUUGAGCUGGGCUGUGGAAGCGGACACCACACUUCAUUCAAACACCUCCGCGUUGCUGCGCCUUACAGCAACCGCAAAAGCGGGCAUGGAACCAGAAGCCAUUGUGCUACUCCACCAGUAUGUUCAACGAUCAGAUGUUUCCGUGGAUGACGCAGUGGCGGCGUGUUUUGAGCUUCACAAUCUUCUCGUGAGCAGAAAAGACGGUUCCAUUGAGGGCAUGCGUUUGCUUUACAAGAAAACCAAAGGCAAUACAUGCAGUGAAAGCGUUCUCUUUCGUUUUGUUCAACUUUUACUCCAUAAUGGGAGUCUUGCCUCAUGUAAAGAGGCGCUACAGAUUUUACAGAAUGAAGGUAUAGACUUUGAAGAGACUCGAUACCGCCGCUAUUGUUUUGUGUGGCUUUGGGAACUGGCGGAUAUGGCUGGGUUUUCCCCCUUGCAAAUUGUGGAAUGCCUUGAAUCGGCUUUGCAAUUUAAAGAUUGUGCCAGUGAAGCCGAGGUUGAUGCCAUAUACCUUCGUCUCUGCACAGAAUAUAUCACACAAUCCGAGGGUGGGGGACAAACAUCUGUCGUGUUAAUGAAGGCAAAGAACAUUCUUGUGGAUUAUGCCUCACAUCGAAACCCAAAAUGCGUCUUUGCUCACAGCUUGCUGAUUAAGAUUGCGGUUCUAGAGUCCAACGAGGCGGAAUUGGAAAAGGAACUUAAUUUGCUGUUACUGUGUGAGCCGGCCGAAUUGGUAAUGCCUGCUCUCUGUACAGCCAUUAAUUACUCCCUGAGAAUUGGUUACCUUCCCGGUGUGUCUCUGGUGAUCACUCGAGCCGUGUUUUUCUCAGCUCCCGUGCCUGACCCUUCAACAGAGCUUGAGUUGCUACGGGUGUACGUGGCUUCUUUGCUCAGUAAAGCCUGUAACUGCACAGAUGAUCACCUGCGUGUGGUUACAGAGCGUUUUCGGAGUUUACUUUCGGACGAAUGUGCCACGAUAUCUUUAUCUCAUGAGGAAGUGAGUUGGUGGGCGCAGGCAUUUCUUGUGCUUGGUUUAGAGUUCACAGUUGGUCCUGGUCCCACUAGUGUUUACUUGUUUCGCGCGGCCACAUUCAUUGCUCUACAAGAUCCCGUCCCCGGUGAAGUUCCAUCACGCACAUUCCUCAUUUCGGGACUUCUAUGUACGUUAGAGGAUGAGUUUCAACUCUUUUCAACUGGUAUUCCGCAAAUUGAUUCUUGUGAGUUGGAGGAGCAUUUGCGUUUGUGUAAAGAAUUUGUCUCAUCUCUGCCUGAGGUAAAUUACCGUCUGACGGUCUUGCUGUCUCAGGCGGAGCGACACCUUCGUCAGCCUUCUUCAGAGACACCAGAGCAAAUAGAGAGAAUUUUGGAUGAAUUGUCCAAUAUAAAUGUGACGUUUGAGGACUACGAGGCAAUAGCGAACGGAGCAUCCUUUAUUGCUUUGAAAUACGCGUCGGAACAUCCUUUUCUUCACGGAGUUACCAUAAAACUUUAUAUGCAAGCUGUGUCAGUGGCAAUGAAUGACAUUUCUGCCUCCAUGAAAGAUGCUGACAACAACGCCGAAAAAUGUUUGGAGUACAUUACAGAUGCUUUUUCGUGUCUUUAUAAAUGUUUUACACUUGCUUUUGAUCGCACAGAACAAUUGGCUGUGGUGCAGCGGCUUAUGGAAAUACUUUCACUAGCUGUGGAGGACGUGACAGUCGCUUCCCUCAUCAAGGAUUACCAUUCAAAUACAGUGCGGACGGUUAAUAAUCAUCCCCUAUCUUUCGCGCGGCUGUUUCUUGAAUACUUUACAGUGGAAGCAUGGAACAAUUCUGUGUUUUACCUUCAUCUUACCGAGACAGUAAAACAGACACAGUGGGUCCAUGUCGCCUGGACGCUAGUGGAUACUUUGCCCGAGACAAGUAGCGUUGCCUCGGCUUUGCACGCGUUGAAGGCCAUUACAUCUGUUUAA